AUGGGCCACUCCGCCCUAAGCAAGGUCCACUGCACCCUCCGAGUCGUAAUAGCUAGAUUUGAAGACCACAAUGAAAACAGCCUCUCAUUCAUCAGCAGCACCCAUCAGUACCGGAUUGGCCAGCUGUAUAUGAUCAGUAAACACAGUCAUGAACAGAGUGAACGUGGGGAGGGGGUGGAGGUGGUCCAGAACGAGCCGUACGACGACCCCGAGCACGGAUCAGGCCAGUUCACAGAGAAACGAAUCUACCUCAACAACAAGCUGCCCAGUUGGGCCAGAGCGGUUGUCCCUAAAAUCUUCUAUGUCACAGAGAAGGCGUGGAACUAUUACCCUUACACCAUCACAGAGUACACGUGCUCCUUCCUGCCCAAGUUUUCCAUCCACAUAGAAUCCAAAUACGAGGACAACAAGGGGAGCAAUGAUAAUAUCUUUAGCAGCGAGCCCAAAGAAGAGGAAACAGAGGUGUGUACCGUGGACAUCGCCUAUGAUGAGAUCCCCGAGCGCCACUACAAGGACUCCGAGGACCUGCGGUAUUUUAAGUCAAAGAAGACUAACCGAGGCGUCCUACAGGAAGGAUGGAUCGACAGCCAAGAGCCCAUCAUGUGCUCCUACAAACUGAUCACGGUCAAAUUUGAAGUCUGGGGCCUGCAAACACGUGUGGAGCAGUAUGUACACAAGGUGAUUCGAGAUGUCCUGCUUUUAGGACACAGGCAGGCCUUUGCCUGGGUGGAUGAGUGGAUUGAAAUGACCAUGGAGGAGGUCAGAGAGUAUGAGCGUGCCACACAAGAAGCCACCAACCUGAAGAUCGGCUCCUUCCCUCCCGCCAUCUCCAUCUCAGAGACCCCCCUGCCCUCUGUCGCUCGCAGCGGCCCCAGCAGCGCCCCGUCCACCCCCUUCUCCACAGAAGCCCCAGAGUUCCUGUCGGUUCCAAAGGAGCGUCCCAGGAAGAAGUCUGCUCCGGAGACCCUGACCCUGCCGGACCCGGGUCGCAGGGAUUCCCUCUUCAAGCUGCCAAACUUUUUCUCCUGGAACUCCAGUCCGCAGCCCGAAUGAGAGCGGGGCUGAACGCCUUCGACCCGUGGACCAGUGGAGGCUGCCUGCCCAGCACAUCCCACAAUAACCCCUCAGCCAGCCGAAGUGAAGGAGACUUUUCACUGUCCUGGUAACCCCCUCCGCAGACUCGUCGGUGUUACAGGUGCACACAGGCGGCCUGAUGUCCUUAGCAAACAGUCCUGCGAGGUGUAAAGGUAAAGUGCGUCCCAUUGAGAGAAACAGCUGGAGGCUCCUCAUCCUCCUCAGAAAACCAGCGCCGUGCAUCAGACAGUAUUAGUCAGAGUGUAGCGUACAUUCCUGAAAAUGUUUUAUCCCACAGUUUAACUCCUGUGUAGACAGAUCAGUCACUUCUCGUGUACAGAAAACUGUUUUCUUUCCUGCUUUGAGCAUCUGAGUCUCUGGCUGUGUUACCUGGAGCUUGUGGUUUGAUGUAUUUGUUGAUGUGGUUGGGACUUUUCCACGGAUUCUUGUUGGCCACUGUAUCAGUUUAGUAUUAAGGUUUUCACAGUCAGGUGUAAGGUGAUUAUGUAUUCUUGUAUAUAUUGUAUCAACAUUACAUAACCUGUAAAAUGUCCGUACUUAAAAACAAUAUUAUAUCCAGUAAUGAUGCUGCUAUGAAAGUGUAUUUUAGAGAACAGGACUCUCUUUCCUCUCUAAGUGUUUAUGAUAGUGAGGCACAACGUGUGUAAUCGCAUGAUUUGAACUAUGAAGGCUGCUUUUGAAAUAUUCUAUGUUCUCUAUUUUUACUGUUAUCUCAGUCUCACACUUGCUGUUGAGUUUUAACAGACUGGUCAUGUGGUUUCUGUGUUAUUUUGCAGCUUUAUUCAUUUGAAAAUGUAUUCUUGUUUUUAUGUCAUACUGUUGAUGGGUUUUGUAUUCAGUCAAUUAUAUUAAAAUGCAAUCUUGUUGUAAUCCA